CUCGCGAGAUGACGACCACCCUGGGGACUGAGGCCAGUGCGCGCCGCGGGUGCCCUCACCCUGGAAGCGUGCAUUUAGGCCAUUCUAGCUAGAUCCUUAAGUCGCUAGGGAUAAAACAGGAGUAGAGCGAGAAGAGACUCAGCCAGGGACGAGAACACAGCCACGCUCCCACCCGGCUGCCCACGGUCCCUCGGCGGCGAUGUCGGCCGCCGGUGCCCGAGGCCUGCGGGCCACCUACCACCGGCUCCUCGAUAAAGUGGAGCUGAUGCUUCCGGAGAAACUGAGGCCGUUGUAUAACCAUCCAGCAGGUCCCAGAACAGUUUUCUUCUGGGCUCCAAUUAUGAAAUGGGGGUUGGUGUGUGCUGGAUUAGCUGAUAUGGCCAGACCUGCAGAAAAACUUAGCACAGCUCAAUCCACUGUUUUAAUGGCUACAGGGUUUAUUUGGUCAAGAUACUCACUGGUAAUUAUUCCAAAAAAUUGGAGUCUGUUUGCUGUUAAUUUCUUUGUGGGGGCGGCAGGAGCCUCUCAGCUUUUUCGCAUUUGGAGAUAUAAGCAAGAACUAAAAGCUGAAGAACACAAAUAAAAGAGUUCCUGAUCACCUGAGCAAUCUAGAUGUGGACAUAACCAUGGGGACCUAGUUUCUUAUUUGGUUAUUGAUAAGGCUAAGCUAACUGUGAGUUUGGAAGGCACAAUAAAACUAAUUAACUGUAACUAGCAGCUGGUGCUUGAUUCAGCAACAAAAUAAGGCAAACUUUUAAUAGCAGUCUCUCUUUACAUGACUUAAGGAACUUACCUGUGGAUAUCAGUAACAUUUUUUCACCAUUUGUCCACAAUAAACGGUACUUGCCCA